UUUGGAGUCCGGAACUGUAUGAUAGUAAGCACAGCGUACUAAAAAAGCGAGCCAAAAACACAGAGGCGCACACACACGGGUGCGUGCAAGCAAGCAGCAAGCAAGCAAGCAAACCAAUCCGAUUGUUUUUCCCUUCGUUUUAUUUUUUUGGUUUUACAAUUUUCAAGCUUCUCUCACAAGCUUUCUUCAGAAAACGACUCGUCUUCCCCACUUAGUCUCCGGCGCUUCGAAUCGGUCGCUUUUCUUUGGAUUUUCCACUUGCAAGCACUGAAUCAACUCGCUCGCCACUCACACACUCCUAUGUUUGUGUAUUUGAGUUGCAUGUGGUGGAUUUUCCAUGGAAACAGUGGUUGGUGUUGAGGGGAGUGAUGAAGGGAAGUGUGAGGAGAGUGGGGUUGAGAAAAGUAGCUCUUCUUUGUCUUCACCGAAGCAGAUUGCCGAUCCUGUUGUAUACAAGCUCGUUCGGGUUGAAGGUGAUGGGAGAUUAGUGCCAGCAACAGAUGAUGAAGUAAUGGAGGUUGAGGAAUUUCUUGUGGAUGAGAAGAUUGAAAUACCUGUUGUUACAGACGCUGGAAAUGUUGAGUGCAUUUCCAAUGAAGAGUCUUCCUCUGGGAAGUCUCAUAAAGAAAGCUCAGAAGGUCCGUCACAUUCAGAGAACACAGAACCUGAUGCAAAAUUAAGUGCACGGCUUGAGUACAUCGAGGAGAUGUUGCAAAAGGUCAAACAGGAAGAGAAGCUCCGCUUAGCAUGUGGAUCUCCUGAUCAUUCUUCUGCUUUUAUGAAUGUAGACAGCCAAUGUUCUGAUCAGCAUGAUAAAUUGCCUGCUAUUGAUAAGAAGCUGCAAUCUGAAAUUCCUUUGCAGGAAAUUGUUCCUUCUUCAGACCCGAGUUUAGACGACAGCCAUAUUAAUGAAUCUGCGAGAAUUGGGGAGUGCUCAAAAGCUCCAGAUGGACCAAUCGAAAGUGGAUCACCAGCUUCUGUCAUCUGCAAUAGUUCGAAGCCUGAUUUUUAUACAUUAAAGGGGGAGAUAUGCUUGGACAACCUAUCAAUUAGGGAACUUCAUGGAUUGUUUCGAGCAACUUUUGGGCGGGAAACUACUGUUAAGGACAAGUUGUGGCUUAAGAGGAGGAUCGCAAUGGGGUUGACUAAUUCUUGUGAUGUUUCAACCACAACUUUCACUAUUAUAGAUAACAAAUUAGUGAACAAGGGUACAGAUAAUAGCUUUCAGAAUGCAGAUGGUAUGCUCACUGAAGGGUCUGAUGGUGAAGCGAAGAAUCUUGGGUAUGAAACUUCACCAACUAGCCACAGUAGCCAAAUGGAAAAUCAUCAAAUUGUGUUGGGCAAGAGAUUGGGAAACCUUAGUGUAGAACUUGAUUGUGGAAGUGAUGAUCUUCAAAUGGAACAUAGAGGUGCCAAAAGAGUUAGAAAACCCACUAAGAGAUAUAUUGAAGAACUUUCUGAAGUUGAAUCAAGAGAUUAUACCCCAAAAGUGAUUGGUUCAGCAAAAAAUACAGGACAAGGACAAACAUCUCCAAAAUAUUGUAUACGACCUCCUGGAAAUGCCCCUUUAAAUGAGAGAACUAUUGUCACCAGGUUGGACUCUCUCGGUGGAUCUGGCGUCCAGGUCCCUUUUGUUUCUCGAGUUCGAAGAAGCCGUCCAAGAAAAAAUAUUAUGGCUCUUAUGAAAUUCGAUUCAAGUGGAAUGGGUGUGGCAGCUAAACUGGUACAAGAGGCCCUUAGUGUGCGCAGUUCUCCACCAGAGAGUGAGCAUGUGGAUAAAGUCUUGAAAGUGAGAUCUGCUUCUGAACAGAUUCAACCACUGGCUGAACCAGAGAAAGACAAGCGUCGCUCAGUAAUGAGUACAAUUGAACUGGGGAAGAACUUGGGCUUGAAACAGACGGAUUCAUCCGAGGACAAUUCAGAUGAUGGUAUUGCAACGGUUCCCACAGCAAAAGGUGGAAUGAGAAGGAAACACCAUCGAGCUUGGACUCUUGUUGAGGUUAUAAAAUUAGUUGAGGGUGUCUCUAAGUGUGGCACUGGGAGGUGGUCUGAAAUCAAAAGGCUUUCUUUUGCAUCAUAUUCUUAUCGCACUUCUGUUGAUCUCAAGGACAAAUGGAGGAACCUGUUGAAAGCUAGCUUUGCCCAAACACCUCCUGAUGAUGGAAUAAACUCUCGGAAACAUGCUUCAGUGCCCAUCCCGGCAGCAAUUUUGUUAAAAGUGAGAGAGCUUGCUGAGAUGCACGCUCAGGUACCGCCAAAUCUAGGGCCGGGCAAGCUGCCCAGCGUUAGUCGAAGCGUGCAUCAAACGAGAUCAGGCUACUUGUAACAUUGUAUAUAAAAAAAAUGUUAGUUGUGCGAAUCCCAAAUAAAGGUACUGAACUGUAACGAGUUUGAUCUGCUCACACCAUUCACUUGUUAACAUAGUUGAUGAUGUGCUGCAGAUGGAUAUUGCGGGAUGUAGGCUUUAACAAGUGUUUCAUACAUUUUC